CUGACCCGGAUACAGACGGCGCUGCCCGCCGGGGAGCGCGGAGCCCGGCCGGCCCCGCCGACAGAGCGAAGCGGUGUGCCCUGGCGGCGCCAUGGGGCUGUGGUGAGCGCCCGGCACCCCCGCCUGCCCGCCCUGCCGUGCCUCUCCUCCCGCCUCUGCGGCCAUGGCCCCCAUGGGGAUCCGCCUCUCGCCGCUCGGCAUGGCCGUGUUCUGUCUGCUGGGGCUGGGCGUCCUCUACCACCUCUACUCCGGCUUCCUGGCCGGCCGCUUCGCCUUCUUCAUGUUGAGCGAGCCGGCGGCCGGCGGGCCCGAGACCCCCCGCGGCUCCGCGCCAGCUGGCGCCGUGGACCUGCGGGAGCUGCUGGCCGUGUCCGUCCUGGCCGCUGUCAGGGGCGGGGAGGAGGUGAAGCGGGUCCGCGAGGGCAACGUCCUCAACGCCAAGGCGAAGGGGAAGACGCGGGAGGGGGCCGAGGAGCAGCUGACGAGCGGCGACCUCCUCUCCAACCGCAGGAUGUUCUACCUGCUGAAGGGCGCCUUCCCCGCCGUGCAGAUAAACUCUGAAGAGCGUGUUGAUACGGCUGAUCAGGAGACAAUCUCUUGGGACCGCAGUAUUCCUGAAGACAUAAAACAAAAAAUACAGCCUAAAGAGGUUCCAGCAGAAAGUGUUACUGUCUGGAUCGAUCCGUUAGAUGCUACGCAAGAAUACACAGAGGAUCUUCGACAGUAUGUCACAACAAUGGUUUGCGUGGCUGUAAAUGGUAAACCAGUAAUAGGAGUGAUACACAAGCCAUUCUCAGCAUAUACAGCCUGGGCAAUGGUGGAUGGCGGGUCAAACGUAAAAGCUCGUUCCUCCUACAAUGAGAAAACUCCAAGGAUCAUUGUAUCCCGCUCCCAUGCAGGAAAAGUUGAGCAGGUUGCACGGCAGACGUUUGGAAAUAAGACUGUGAUAAUCCCAGCUGGUGGAGCAGGUUAUAAAGUGUUGGCCCUCCUUGACGUGGCUGAAAAAAAUCAAGAAGAAGCUGAUGUGUAUAUCCAUGUCACCUACAUUAAGAAGUGGGACAUAUGUGCUGGAAAUGCAGUGUUGAGAGCAUUGGGUGGCCAUAUGACUACCCUGACUGGUGAAGAAAUUAGUUACACUGGCUCAGAUGGCAAUGAGGGAGGACUUAUAGCCAGUAUCAACAUGAACCAUAAAGCACUAAUUGAAAAACUUCCAGAUCUGGAAAAAACAUCACAUAAAUAAACCUGGCUGAUGGAGAAGUACAAGUCAUGUUUCUGUAGCCUCCAAAUGCUCUGCCUGAAGAAGCAGGUGUGAAAACCUACUGGGAAAGAUGCACAGCAAAGCAAAGCAGUUUGGUGUGGGUUUGGGGACUGUAUCGUGCAUUGGGUUUCUUCAGUGGUGGUAUUUAAAAAAAGAAUAAAAUAAUAAUAAUCAGAAGUAGGAAGGGGACUGACUGCCUCACACUUCAGUUUCCAUGUUUCAUUUUUUUCAGACUGUUUUCAUGCAGUUCUUAUAUUCAAGGUGCAUACACAGUAUAUAUUUGUGAACGUAGGUGAACUAAAGAAAAAUCCAAAUUGAUUCAUAAAAUAACCUAAGUAGUUUUCACAGGAAUUUCUUGGAACCUUUUACAUCUUGUUACUGUAGUUGUAGCAUCUCCAUAAUGAAUUAGGUAGGAAAAAAGGUUGAUCUGUACAGGCAUCUGAUAACUCUGUAAACAAUUUAGCAGGAAACAUGACCCUGUGUUCUGUAUCCCCUGAACAGAAAGCACAAGAAGGUUGACGCAAAUUUAUAUGCAGCAACAGUUUAUCUUUGACAGCGUGGCACUCUUUCUGAUUUUUAAGACAAAAAAAAGAAAAGUUCUGUACUAUUUUGACUUUUUUCCUGAAGAUGUAAACCAGUUUAGUUCAGGUGGGUUGUGAAUAUCAAUGUUUUGUUAAUCAGUGUAAUUAUUUCCAUAUACCUUUUAAAAAGAAGGCAACGUUUCCUUGUAUAGUUUUUAACAGUUACUUCUUGUCCUUGAUUUCUGCGUACAGUGUUGAAGAUGCAUGCUGGAUUUUUCUCUAAUGUAGGACUUGUUCAUCAUUUGGUGCUUAUGCCUAUAGAAGCAGCUUCUUCAUUCAGUACUUGUUUUUUUUGUCUAUUUGUUUAUUUCCGUUGGACAGAGUCAUGUGGAAUGAGUUCAACAGAAGUAGUAAGUUGAUUGGUUGUUUCCAUUUGUACCAUGAGAGAUAAACCAGCAAUUUUUCUACAACCCCAGAAAUAACUUUCUGUCUUUUUAGGUUAAGGCGCACUCUUUUCUGCAGAAAGCUCCUGGGCUCCAAACAGCUUGUGGUUCCUUGGUUUGUGGAAAUUUACAUAAAGAGAGACCGUUUGAACUUGAAUCUGUUUAAGCAAGUUAGAAGAACAUGUGGCACUUGUACUAAAGUACAGCAGGGUCUGCAAAACUUUACUGAAAAACAUGCUUUGUCAGUCCAAUAUACGCAGAACAGAACAUGGGCCCUUUGAUAUCAAAUGAUGAUUUGUUGCACCUCUAAAAUAUUUAGACUUCUAUCUGCAAAAAUGUAACCAUCUGUACUGUUGUUCUGUUGCACCCCCUGAAGGGCUUCAGAAGGUUAAAAUAUACCUGUUGCUUGAAUUAUCAGUAGAUAAACUUCCCAUGUCUCCUGAAGAAAGCUAAAAUUCAUAAUACAGAAUAAUCAUAAUUCAUAAUACAGUUUUCUGUUCAAAGUUUAUUCAGUAUAAGCUUAGGCUGUCUAAACCAAAUUCUUAAUUACUUUCAUUUUAACUUCUUUUAUCAUACCGCUGUUCUGAUUAUAAAGAGGUUUUUCUCUGUAUGUCAGUAGUGGAGCAUGUUUAGAUACCUCUUAACUUCUGACUAAUGUUCACAUUUCCAAAAGACCUCCUCAGAUGUCGCAUAACUACAGAUACGGACUUUUAUUUGUAAACUUACUGGCAAAGUAGACUGAAGCUUAGUCCUACUAGCCUUUUGGUACGGGUAGUUUUUUUUAGAUUACGGUUUUUCCAAAAUUGACACUAUUGCUGCUAUUUGCAAAUAGCUUUUACACAUGUAGAUAAAACACAAAGCAACUUAACUUCCAAUUUUUAAGUCUAAUAAACUACUAUAUGCUGUGACAAAUGAGUGAGUAUGCCCUUUUUGAAAAGGGGCUGAUCUAGUCUGGAAGCUCAAAAAGUUUUUCAAACCUCAGUGAAGAAUAAAAAUCCAGAUAUUUAUCAAGGCUUUAGUAAUACCAUACAAGAAGACUGCAGCUUUUCUUUUUUUCCUUCAGGCUGAUUUAAAUGACUUAAAGCCUAAUAAAAAAAAAAAAAAGCAGGUCUUUUGUUUAUUAGUUAAAGAGCACAGAUUAAAAUUUAAAUAUGAGAAAUAGCCAUAGUUAGCCUAGUAUAAAAAUAUAGUUGUGUCACAGAGGUUGAAUGCACAAUAUUUAAAUAGGCAAUUAAGACAAAGCCUGUGGCAGGUUGUGGUUUUAGAUUCGGGUUAAAAUCAUGUGUAAUCUUACCUGGUGAAAAUGUGACUGCUUUUGUUUUGGGUACAAUUCUGUCACUUUCUUGCAUAAGCUGUCAUCAGACUUAGCUUCUGUAUGAAAAAUAAGAUGUUAGGUAUCAUACAAGGGCUUACUUGCAUCUUAGCCGAAGGUAUGGAACAGUAAACAGAAGUAUUUGCCUAUUUUUCCCUUGGGAAGGUAAGAUACAAAGAAAAAUUUCCUUCCUCCCAGAUCCUGGCUAAAAUACCUAGUCUUCCAUUAGGAAGACAUCUGCUUGUUUAGACCCACUUAUAUCCUGAAUUGCUUUGCUGCAAUGGAUCACUGUGGUCAGUACCUUUCACAGUGGACCGUUAUUGUCCCGAUCUCACUUCUUGUGAAGAUGAAGAAAAGGUGAGCGUGAGGUUGCCUGGUUAGUUACUUGUGGCGCAGCCUGAGCUCAUACAGCUUUCCCACAGCUAAGGCCUAAGGUGGUGCUUGAGGUCUCCCAGUCUAGGUUAAAGAGGAGCUGCUUUGGUAUGAGAAUAAGUAAGCACCUGGUGAAUAUCAGUUUCUGAUGCUAUUUUGCAAUAAAUGCAACUCUUGCGCAGACCAGCAAGUAUUCGGAAGUGGUUGCUUAGUGCCCAUGUGCCAGUGCACUUCGAUAUUUGUUUGUAUAGUGUUAACACUCAGUAUAUCCUAUUUCUUUGACUAUGUUUGCACUCCGUUCUAAAACAUUUUGCUGUUCUGGCUUUAAAUAUUUGUUUGGUCUCAGGUAUGUGGAUGUGACUUAAGCUUAUGCCCAGAGUGGUAGGAUGUCAUACCAUACCCACGUCUCACUGCUGGACUAGAACAUGGUUCUUUACAUUCUAGGCAUUGCCACGUAAAACUGUCAUACAAUUUUUAGGGAUGCUACUUGAAACAAUUGCACGGUGCAGGUAAGUCCUACAAAAGUAUGUCUUUUCUAAAAAUUUUAAUGAAAAAAAAAUUCAUGGUAUCAUUCUAGCUCCAAACAAGGGAAGUAAGAGAAUGUAUUGUUUUAGCAUGGGUUUUCCAAUGGUGGAUUUUUUGAGUGGUUAUUAUGAUUAAGGUAACUGCAAGUGAAAGUAUUCUAAAGCUUGUAUUUUCUCUUUUUCAUUCUGCCAAAAAUGGUGGUCAAUAGCAUAGAUGAUACCUUGUACUGUAGCAAGAGUCCUAACUUUCGUUCCUUGAAUUAAUGUUUUCUAAAUAAAUGGACACAGAAAUAAAAGGGUUGAAUAUUGUA